CGCCGCGCGGCCGAGGGAUGCGAGCGCAGCGGCUCCUGCUCCGGCUGCUGCUCGGCGCCUUGCUCAGACUGGUGUCAGGAAAAGGAGAAGGCAAAUCAGCCCCACGCAGUGGCGCCCCAUCAAUGUCACCCUCAGAUUUCCUGGACAAGCUUAUGGGACGGACAUCAGGUUACGAUGCCCGCAUCAGACCCAAUUUCAAAGGCCCGCCCAUCAACGUGACAUGCAACAUCUUCAUCAACAGUUUUGGUUCAGUCACAGAAACAACCAUGGAUUACCGUGUCAACGUCUUCUUGCGCCAGCAGUGGAACGACCCACGCCUGAGUUAUCGGGAGUACCCUGAUGACUCUCUGGACCUUGACCCCUCCAUGCUGGACUCCAUCUGGAAGCCAGAUUUGUUCUUUGCCAAUGAGAAGGGAGCCAACUUCCACGAGGUCACCACCGACAACAAACUUCUGCGCAUCUUCAAGAAUGGGAAUGUCCUCUACAGCAUCCGGCUGACACUCAUCCUCUCCUGCCCCAUGGAUCUCAAGAACUUCCCUAUGGACAUCCAGACGUGCACAAUGCAACUUGAGAGCUUUGGCUACACCAUGAAUGAUCUGAUCUUUGAGUGGGUAAAGGGCCAGGAAGCCGUGCAAGUGGCCGAUGGCUUGACACUUCCUCAGUUUAUCCUGCGGGACGAGAAGGACCUGGGCUACUGCACCAAGUCUUACAAUACAGGGAAGUUCACCUGCAUCGAGGUCAAGUUCCACCUGGAAAGGCAGAUGGGCUACUACUUAAUCCAGAUGUACAUCCCUAGUCUGUUGAUCGUUAUCCUCUCCUGGGUUUCCUUUUGGAUUAACAUGGACGCUGCGCCCGCCCGGGUGGGGCUUGGUAUUACCACGGUGCUAACCAUGACCACCCAGAGUGCAGGCUCUCGGGCCUCCCUGCCCAAGGUCUCCUACGUCAAGGCCAUUGACAUUUGGAUGGCCGUCUGCCUGCUCUUCGUCUUUGCUGCCUUGCUGGAGUACGCCGCCGUCAACUUCGUAUCGCGCCAGCACAAGGAGUUCAUGCGCUUGCGCCGAAGGCAGCGGCGGCAACGGAUGGGUCUGACCAGCCGGACGCCCAGCCUGGAGUCCCUGCAGCAGCUGGAGGACCUGCCCAGCAGCGAGUCCGAGUCCACGUACGAGACCCUCUCUCAAUUCGGCAGCACCGACUCCAGGGAAGAGGAGGUUAUCCGCGAGAGCCGCUUCUACUUCCGAGGCUACGGCUUGGGCCACUGUUUGCAGCACAUGAAGGACGGGGGAGCCAUAGAGAGCCCCCGAAUCUACAGCCCGCCCCCUCCGGCCUCGCUCCUAAGAGAAGGAGAGAUCCUCCGGAGGCGCUACCUGGACAGGGCCAAGCGGAUCGACACCAUCUCUCGGGCAGUCUUCCCCUUCACCUUCCUGGUGUUCAACAUCUUCUACUGGGUGGUCUACAAAGUGCUUCGCUCAGAAGACGUCCACCAAGCCACACCCUGAGACUUCAGCAGGAUUUGGAAACCUGGCCGAGCCGUCCUUGGCGGCCACGUUCUGCCUGACAUCGGGGCGCUGCUUCCUCUCCCCACCCCCUGAGGCUGGCCCUUUGCAUUCCUUGGAUAUGAACUUGUUCUUACCGGCUGGGAAACGUGGCAAGCUGUGCAUGGCGCUAGCUAGGGUGCAAAACCGAGGCUUGCUCUCUCCACUAGCUCUCUCCAGAGCAUGGCUCUGUGGAAGGAUGUGUUUUCCGAGGGGCUUCGGUCUCUCUCCUGGGGACUUCAAGACACCUGGCCACGGGAGGAGCCAGCAUUUCCGCUCCAGACCUGACACCCAAGCAAGGAGUUGGAGACUUGAGCGGGGCACACCCUGCAAAGCCAGACCCGGUUUUCUAACUCCCAUA